GCCACGGAACUGCGUAUUCUAUUCACUUCAACGAGGCCGAAGAGCUCUUGAAUCAUUUUGAGACAGGAAACAAACUAGUAAUAUACUCUGCUGUCGUAAUUUCUCAGUAAAUAUCGGGUCAAACGCAAAGCCUACAGUAAAGAAAAAGGGAAAAACGUGACACUGGAGAAACAUCAAAGAAUAGUGUAAAGCCACCUGUCAGACAGCGAUCACAAUGGGAAGGAAGAAAAUACAAAUCUCUCGUAUCCUGGACCAGCGGAAUAGACAGGUGACGUUCACCAAGCGUAAGUUUGGCCUGAUGAAGAAGGCGUAUGAGCUGAGUGUGUUGUGUGACUGUGAGAUUGCCCUCAUCAUCUUCAACAGCACCAACCGUCUGUUCCAGUACGCCAGCACUGACAUGGACAAGGUCCUACUCAAGUACACAGAGUACAGCGAGCCUCACGAGAGUAGGACCAACACAGACAUAAUGGAGACUCUGCGGAGGAAAGGCCUGGGUCUGGACGGGACAGAGCUGCUGGACACUGAGGAGCCCAUGCUGGUGGCAGCAGAGAAGUUCGGUUCACUAAGCGAGGGCAUGGACCUCUCCCUGGCCCGCCAGCGCUACUACGCCCCCUCCCUGCUCUCACCCGAGGCCCAGUUCCUGGUGACUGCUGGCUGUGAGAAUGGAUACCCCAACUCAUCCAACCCCAGCCUGAGCUCCCACAGACCCCCUGCCUUCAAGCCCCUGGGCCCCAGACCAGGCUCAGCCAGCCCUGCAGGGCCCCACAGCCACGCUGCCUUCAUGUCUCCACACUCAGGUAUUGGCUACUCCAUGUUCUCCCAUGGCAACCUGAGCCGGGCCUUGGAGAUGAAGACUCCUCCCCCUUUGAACCUGGGCAAUGACAACCGGCGGGCAGAGAGCCACCCUGGUAUGGGUGGCAUUCGCGCCAACCUCAACAGUGCUAGAGGCAUACUGUACCAGGGCAUGCACCCAGGGAACCACAUGCUGACCAUGGGGAAGGCAGGUCUGCUGGGCCAGAGUCUUGGGGGCUACGGCCUCUCUGCUGGACCAUCUGACUACAGCCACCCAGGUUUCUCCCAUGCUGUGAGUCUACAGCGUGGUACAGUAAACCCGUGGCAGACAGCACAACAGCAGGAGCAACAUGUACCCCACCUCAGCCCAGUGAUGUCCAGCGGAGGGUGCUCUUUCCCCUCUCAGGCCUCCACCCCCACCACUCCUCCUCACCCCUCCCUCAACCUCAGCAUCAAAUCAGAGCGAGCCUCCCCGGAGCGCAUCUGCUCUGCGACCUCUCCGCCGCUGCAACAUCUGAGGCAGCACUCUCCAAUGAGCACCCCCGAUUCUGCUCUCCCCACCCCUCAGGAACCCUACCCAGCCAAUGAGAGAGAGGAAUUCUCCAAAGGAGGUUUUCCCUACCCGGCUCAGCAAGGGGCAGAGGAGAAAGGGGGGCUGCCCCUGAGGCAAUUAGAAAUUAGCGAUGGAUGGCAGAGAUAGUUGGCAGCGACUACCACACACCACCCACUCUCCGCCAAGCCAAGCCUGCCACAUGGUUGCCCACUCACAGAGAGAGGAGGAUGGGGAGAUGAGGUUUAUUCAUUCACAUCAUCCCAGAGGAAAGAAAGACCCCCCUUAGAGCUGGGCUGGAAUCUCCCUUGUUGGUGAUGAACAUGUGUCACUGCCUCUCUGAUCCUGAUCCUGAUAUAUUGUCUGGGUGUGUUGUUGUUGGGUUUUGUUGGUUUGUCUGUGUGUUGGGGUCAGAGGUUAUGUCAAACCACAUAUCAGUGUGGUUCUCUCAUCCUGUUUGAGCUACAGAGCAGAGGGUGAGGGAGUAUCAGUCAUUUAGCCAUGUUCUUAGAGCACCGUGUUUCAGAGUAGUACUUUACAUUCAGGUCCCCAGUUACAGUGCCUUCGGAAAGUAU